AUGCCGAAACGCCCCUUGGAAACUUCUGAAAGAAGUCUUGUGGUGCGCUGGAUUUCGGGCAGGGAGCUGACCUCUGUGCCUCUGGACGAAUACUCCGAGAUCAAGGACGUUCAAUCGCUGAAGCGGCACCUGCAAAGCUUUUGCGGACUACCGAGGUUCAGGCAAAGAGUUUUGCACCAGGGAAUCGAACUCAAGGAUGAUGCUGUGCUGGAGUCUCUCACUGAAGUGCAGCUGGUUGCGCUGAACUUCUUCAGCCCCUCUGAGCAACAAAUGAUGGACUUCGCCAAUGCCAUACGACUGUCGCAAGUAAGCGAGGUGGAGAGCUAUCUGCAGCUUCCCCUAGAUCCAGAUCAUCAGACAGGGCCAACAGGACAGACUCCACUGUCCUUGGCAGCCGGCUUGUGGGGCAACAUGGAGGUCACUUCACUUUUGUUGGAGGCCCGGGCCAAUGUCAAUGCUCCUGACGGAGACGGUGCAACGGCGCUUAUAUGGGCAUGUGAAGAUGGCCUGUUGGAUACGGCACGUUUACUAUUGGAGGCUCGGGCAGACGUAAAAGCAACAGAUGUGGAUGGCUGCCACGCCCUCGGACAAGCAGCGAGCCAAGGUCACUUGGAGGUCGUGAGGCUCUUGCUGACUGCCCGAGCCGAGAUCAAUUGCGUGCCGGAAGUAGAACAUGCGCAUCCGGGGGCAGCCUUGCAUUAUGCAUGUUCUGAGGGUCAAUUUGAGAUCGCGCAAUUCCUUUUGCAAGCCCGGGCAGCAGCAAGCGUGCCGGAUGCUUUUGGUCUGACACCUCUUCACGAUGCAGCAGAAACGGGUAAUGAGGAGAUGGUAGCUUUGUUGCUUUGGGCCGGCGCGAGUGUGGAUGUCGCCGACAACCUGGGCGACACCGCGCUGAUCUGGGCUUCGGCCAAUGGGUUCUCCAGAACAGUGCAUCUCCUGCUGGCAGCCCGAGCCCAACAGAGUCUUGCCAACUACGAGGGUGCUACGGCCCUUCACGUCGCAACUGCCGCAGGGUAUCAGGAGGUCGUCAGCUUGUUGUUGCACGGUGAGAAGAACUCGGCUCCUGACAGAUAUGGCACAACGGCUCUGCAUUGGGCUGCUCACUAUGGCCACACAGAAGUUGCACAGUUGCUGCUGCGCGCAGGCAUGGACCUACAUUCUGUUGAUAAUGAGGGCAAGACUGCGUUUCUGGAGGCAGCUUGCUCCGGCUACUCCAGGACCGUUCGAUUGCUUCUUGAGGCAAGGUCCGCCCAAGAGGCCGCGGACACUUGGGGGAGAACAGCUCUCCAUUGGGCAUCCCUUCUUGGCGAUCAGGAGACUCUCUGCUUACUGUUGCGAGAGCGGGCCAACGUCAAUGUUGUUGAUAAGCACAGCACGACAGCUCUCCACCUUGCAUGUUGCAAGGGCCACAUUCAAGUUGCACAGUAUCUGCUGCUUGCAAGGGCUGACAAAGACCUGGCCGACAACGCUGGAUCGACGAGUCUAAUUAUGUCGUCUGGACAAGGCCAUUUCAACACGACGCGGUUGCUCUUAGCCUCUGGGGCUCAGCGCGACUUAGCCGACAAGGACGGCGGCACUGCUCUGCAAUGGGCCGCCUAUCGCGGCCAUGAAAGCAUCGCUUAUCUACUCUUAGAGGCGCUGGCCAACCCGAGCUUGCCGGAUGGUCGGGGCAGGCAGGCUCUGCACUAUGCAGCUUACCGACGGCAUCGGAGGAUCGCGAUCCAGCUACUUCAGGCGGGUGCUCUGAGAGACCUCUCGGACGAUGGCGCUAUUGAAGUUGCAGAAUCUCUACUGGAGGCUGGCGCCCAUCUUGACUUGGCCAGAAACCUGGGGAUCGCUGGUGCUGAACCCGAUUGA